AUGCGUCAAACACCAUUGAUCUGAAAGUUCCUCUCACAACUUCCCUAUUCUGGCAGCGGAGAAACCUCUCUCUCUCUCUCUCUCUGGUCGCAUGAGACGAUGCAAGUUAGGCAUAGAAUCCCGCUGUUUUUACGCAACCGAAUUCUUAGCUAGAUCUUCGUGUGUCUUUUGCUCAAUUGGAAUUGUUGAUCGGAUCCAACACCAUGUCCAAGUCUCUGCCCUACUCCAUCAAAGAUGUUGACUACGAUAACGCCAAGUUUCGCCACCGUUCUUUCUCCAAGGUUGUUACUCAGAACUUGCUCACCGGUAACCUAAAGCGUGAUUGUGUCAGCUGUAGUACAGGAAAGUUUCUGUUCUUGAUAUUGAUCUUUGGCGUGGCUUAUCUUGUGUUGGCACACUCGAGUUCAGGUGGUGUAGUUUCUAAUGAUCAAACAAUUGUGAAUAGAGUCAGUUACGCCAAUAGUAGCUUUGUUGAUGGUGCUGGCAAAAUAAAGAGAUUCUGGAGACGGCCUCCGAGGCUUCCUCCUCGAUUAUCGCCGGAUGAAAAGGUAAGUAGUAAUGGCGCUGGCCAGGUAUUGGGAAAUCCGGAUGUUGUUAGGUCAAUGUGGAUUGCUAGGCAACAGAAGGUUAAGGAAGCUUUUCUUCAUGCGUGGUCUGGGUACAAAAAAUUUGCCAUGGGUAGGGAUGAGCUUAUGCCACUCAGCCGGCAAGGAGUUGAUGGAUUAGGAGGGUUAGGUGCGACGGUUGUAGAUGCUCUCGAUACUGCUAUGAUUAUGGGUCUUGAUGAGGUUGUUGCUGAAGCUGGAUCCUGGGUUGCGGAACACCUUUCUGAGAGAAUUAGGAGCAAGGGUCAAGUGAAUUUAUUUGAAACCACGAUUCGAGUUUUGGGUGGACUUUUGAGCGCGUACCAUUUAAGUGGUGGGGAAAAUGGAAUGAACAUUACUCAAGCAGGACCUAAACCAGAAGUUUAUCUAGCAACUGCUAAGGAUUUGGCUGACCGUUUGCUAUCUGCUUUUACGACCAGUCCCACUGCUAUUCCCUUUAGUGAUGUUAUUCUUCAUGACAAGUCAGCACAACCAGCUCCUGGUGGAUUGAGUAGCACGUCAGAAGUUUCCACUGUGCAGCUUGAGUUUAAUUAUCUCAGUUCUGUAUCUGGUGAUCAGAAAUAUGGUUUGGAAGCAAUGAAAGUCAUGGAGCACAUGAAGACUCUUCCAAAAUUUGAAGGACUGGUUCCUAUCUAUAUUAGCCCUCACUCUGGCGAAUUCAAUGGAGAAAAUAUUAGACUGGGAUCUCGUGGUGACAGUUACUAUGAGUACUUAAUUAAAGUAUGGCUUCAGAGUGGAGAUAGUAGCAAUAGUAAUACAUCAUAUCUAUAUGAAAUGUACAAGGAAGCAAUGAAUGGUGUUAGACAUCGUCUUGUUAAGAAAUCAAUUCCAAAUGGACUAGUUUUUGUUGGAGAAUUACCUUACGGGUUAAACGGUGCUUUCAGCUCAAAAAUGGAUCACUUGGUGUGUUUCCUACCUGGUACUCUUGCACUUGGUGCCACUAAAGGUCUUACAAAGAAACAGGCAAUGAAAAACAAUAUGCUUAACUUUGAAGACCUAGAAAAUCUGAAGCUAGCAGAAGAUCUGACUAAAACAUGCUUUGAAAUGUAUGCAGUAACUUCAACUGGUCUUGCCCCUGAAAUUGCUUACUUUCAUACCGAGGAUUUUUCUGAAGAAGGUCACGACGGAGGAAAUAAGAGCUCAGAAUUUGUUAAUGAUAUCAUAAUAAGACCUGCUGACCGUCAUAAUCUUCUGAGACCUGAGACUGUGGAGUCGUUGUUUGUUUUGUACCGCAUCACAGAAGAUCCAAAAUAUCGUGAAUGGGGUUGGCAAAUCUUUGAAGCUUUUGAAAAACACACAAAGGUUGAUACAGGUGGAUAUUGUUCCCUGGACGAUGUAACCAGUGUUCCUCCUCACAGAAGAGACAAAAUGGAGACUUUCUUUCUAGGAGAAACACUCAAGUAUUUAUACUUACUUUUUUCGGACAGUUCUCUUAUUCCUCUGGAUAAAUUUGUUUUCAACACAGAAGCACAUCCUAUACCAAUCAAUUUGAAGAAAUGAGUUUUAUUCAUCAAAGGCAUUCAACAGUCAAUUAAUAGAAAUACGACCCUGUUCUCACAAAGUGAGAUGCUUCUUUGAAUUCAGUCUAGCAUCUCUUACACUGACCAAAAGCAGUUCUGGUUGUAAAGGAAUUGAUUAGCUGGGUUCUCAGUGAUAUUAAAAACUGUGAAAUACUGUUUGGAUCAGGCAAUUCAUCAGAAAACACAUUUAGAGACCGUCAAAUUGACUUCCACUCAUUUUCUUGGAUUUAUAGCCGGCCCUAUCUGAUCGAGAUUGUAAAAUUUUGUUUUAAGUAGUGAACAUUGAACAGCGAGCAGCUUUUGUAAUUUAAUUGUAUGAUUUUCCAUAUCUUUCUGAAUGCUUAGCAUUUUAUGAUUCAAUUA